AGGCCACGCUACUGUGGAAGUGCUGUGAUGGAAACCACGCCACACAAAGACUUUUACUUUCUCUCUCCGAAGAGAAUCCAAGUGUAAUCAGACAGGGUUCCGGUUACUUAUCUUCAUAAGUGGAAUAAGAUUGUUUUUUUCUUUUUUUUUAUGGAUUUCGGUGUUUGCACCAAUUAACGUUUGCAGUAAUUGUGCAGUUUUAUAGCUCGUCGUCGGUGUAGCAUGUCAAAUAUCCUAUAAUAUUUAUGCAGCAAGAGCGCCAGAAAAUUAAAUGAACCUUUUUUCCGGAAAAUAUAGUUUCACCAUGAAAUUGGCAGGAUGAGACUCAUCGAAAAUUUACCGUUGUGUUCUCUCCCUUCUUUCCCUGUUUUCCGUAUUUUCUUUCCCCUUCCUUGCUUCCUCAACUCCUUCAAGGGACGGCUAAGGCAGAGGGCAUCUAGGCUACAUUGCAUCAUAGUUAGCCGCUUUGUCCUCUUCUGUGGUGUCCAGUGUAUUCCUCUCACAACUUUAACGUGCAGGAGGCUGGGCCACGCCGCGCCUUCCUUCCUCCCUGCCCCUCAUCGCCACUUCCGGGUCCCGCAGCACCAAUUAACAGCUUCCGCGAAGUGCCUGGCGUGACACACACCGAACGCCGUCAUGAAGAUGUGACCGUGCUAGGCGUCAGCAGGCGGCUCAAGGUGACACUUUCACUGGUGAGGCAAGGAGCUGCUACAUAAGAGACGCGCGGGGGAUGGCGGCGCAUUGGUGGCUCGUCCCACGUGAGUCGUGGUACCGCAAAGAUGCGUGUGUGUGCAGUGGUGGUAGCGCUGUUCCUGGCGGCGGCAGUGGUGGUGGCAGAUCCCCGUCCCAAGCCCCAGCGUGUUGGCGUGCAGAUUGACAACAACGUGCUCUUCACGGCUGGCGCUGGCUUGCUGCUCGCCGGCCUCGCCUUCCACGCCGGCCGCCGCAGUGCCUACAACGAGAAGAACGGCGGUGGCUCCGGCGGAUCAUUCGGCUUCUUUCCCUUCCGCCGCCGCCGCCACGCUGGCCCUGAACCGCUGGAUCCUCGCGUGGAACAAAUCUUGGAGUCAGCCUUGGAGAAAGAUCCGGCGGGCUGUGUCCUGCAGCUGACCUGCGCCGUGGGCACCAUUCCCCAGGCUGCCCUCACUGGCCGCAUCAAGGACCUUCACACCAUACUGAGCUCAGCAGGCGGCAAUGGGGCGCAGGACGUGGUGUCAGAAUACCAGGCGGCACUGUCUCUGGGCCGGCGAGGCAGUGACUGUGACCGCCUGUUCCCCCGCUGCCCAGCGCCCUCCCCGCUCCUCGUGGAUCAGUUCCAGACCAUGGAGAUUGUGGAGUAUUACCCAUAAUCUCUCAAGAUACGUACAUUUAUGUUUGUUGAUUUAUACAACUUAUGAUGCGGAUGCGGCGCACACUUCUUGACCACACUAACAAAUUAGUAUGAGCUAGAUCGGCGUUGGACAAAUUGAAUAAGUAUCAGUGUGAGGAUGCAGGUACAGUACAAAAUGACACUUCAGUAUUAGCAGAGAGAAAUUUUAAGAAAUUGUGCAUGAAACUUAAAUCAAUAUAUUCAAAUAGAAUUGUGUUCUUUCAUUCUUCAUUCUCAUAAGAUCUAGCAAAUGUUACCUCAGCUUAUGAAUGGUAGCUGUGAAAGUUGGUUUUUGCUGCAUUGUGUUGUACAUUGUAUCCCUGUAUACAUCUGGGAGGAACACAUUAAUUUUAUCUAUCAUUUUAAGUAGAUUUUUUUUUGAGAUAUUAAAAGUAGUAUUUAUUAAGAAAUUUUCAAAUGAUACUGUGGUUCCAAAAUGGCCAAGUUGUAUCAUUACCAAAAGGGAAAGGUGUGAGAGUAGUUAGCUGUGUAGAUCCUUUUCUGGAUAUCCUGUGUUUGUGUUGUACCGCGCUUCCUGCAGAGUACUCCAGGAGGCACUGUAACACACGAGUAAGGUGCACACAGGUCGGGGAGGAUGUGUGGUUCAGGACUGCUGGCUCAGAUCCACCACACACCCGCCUUCCACUCAGGGAACCAGCAAUCUCUGCCCAGGAUGCUUGUUACACUCCAGCCUCCACUGUGGCUUGUCCUUAAUUUAUUGCAGUGGAUAGUUUUUGUGUAGUUAUAUUUACCUAUUUGUUGUUCACAAGGCCUGGGAUACACUUAUGUGGUGCUGUCUGUGUUUGAACCGUUUUUCUCCCCAGUUGAUGUACCCUCCAUGCCUCAUUCACCUCUUAUCAAUUUCAGAUGUUUAUUUUGAUAGGGAGGCUGUAUUUGUGUUAUUCAAAUGUCUCACCUUUUGUAGUCGAUAUGAAGUAACACUACAUGAUGUAUAACCAGACACUCCUAUGCUACCAAUAAGAUUCAGUCCCAUGGCAUAAGGGUGUAAGUUCCCUGUAUGUACAGUAUAGAGGAAGUGGCUUAGUACAGGCAUGAAAAAUAAAUGUUUCCUUACUGAUA